ACUUCCUCGGCCACCUGGCCACCUCUGCCACCUCCUCGGCCACCUCGGCCACCUCCUCGGCCACCUCCGCCACCUCCUCGGCCACCUAUACCACCUCCUCGGCCACCUCUGCCACCUCGGCCACCUCCUCGGCCACCUAUACCACCUCCUCGGCCACCUCUGCCACCUCGGCCACCUCCUCGGCCACCUCUGCCACCUCUGCCACCUCCUCGGCCACCUAUACCACCUCCUCGGCCACCUCUGCCACCUCGGCCACCUCCUCGGCCACCUAUACCACCUCCUCGGCCACCUCUGCCACCUCGGCCACCUCCUCGGCCACCUCUGCCACCUCUGUCACCUCCUCGGCCACCUCUGCCACCUCCUCGGCCACCUCUGCCACCUCGGCCACCUCCUCGGCCACCUCGGCCACCUCUGCCACCUCCUCGGCCACCUCGGCCACCUCGGCCACCUCUGCCACCUCGGCCACCUCCUCGGCCACCUCGGCCACCUCUGCCACCUCCUCGGCCACCUCUGCCACCUCGGCCACCUCCUCGGCCACCUAUACCACCUCCUCGGCCACCUCUGCCACCUCGGCCACCUCCUCGGCCACCUCUGCCACCUCUGCCACCUCCUCGGCCACCUAUACCACCUCCUCGGCCACCUCUGCCACCUCGGCCACCUCCUCGGCCACCUAUACCACCUCCUCGGCCACCUCUGCCACCUCGGCCACCUCCUCGGCCACCUCUGCCACCUCUGCCACCUCCUCGGCCACCUAUACCACCUCCUCGGCCACCUCUGCCACCUCGGCCACCUCCUCGGCCACCUAUACCACCUACUCGGCCACCUCUGCCACCUCGGCCACCUCCUCGGCCACCUCUGCCACCUCCUCGGCCACCUCUGCCACCUCCUCGGCCACCUAUACCACCUCCUCGGCCACCUCUGCCACCUCGGCCACCUCCUCGGCCACCUAUACCACCUCCUCGGCCACCUCUGCCACCUCGGCCACCUCCUCGGCCACCUCUGCCACCUCUGCCACCUCCUCGGCCACCUAUACCACCUCCUCGGCCACCUCUGCCACCUCGGCCACCUCCUCGGCCACCUCUGCCACCUCGGCCACCUCCUCGGCCACCUCUGCCACCUCUGCCACCUCUGUCACCUCCUCGGCCACCUCUGCCACCUCCUCGGCCACCUAUACCACCUCCUCGGCCACCUCUGCCACCUCGGCCACCUCCUCGGCCACCUCUGCCACCUCGGCCACCUCCUCGGCCACCUCUGCCACCUCGGCCACCUCCUCGGCCACCUCUGCCACCUCUGCCACCUCUGUCACCUCCUCGGCCACCUCUGCCACCUCCUCGGCCACCUCUGCCACCUCGGCCACCUCCUCGGCCACCUCGGCCACCUCUGCCACCUCCUCGGCCACCUAUACCACCUCCUCGGCCACCUCUGCCACCUCGGCCACCUCCUCGCUCGUGUGACGCCAGCGAGGGCAUCGGUGAAGCGGUGGCGGCGGUGAUCGAUCACCAGCGCCCCGGUGAAGUGCCGGUGGUUAGUGAUGCGUGA